AUGGCCCCAUCGAAGACUCUAUUCAUGUUGCGUACGCUGACAGUGCUUCUGUUUCUUUCAGUGGAUGCAACGCUAAUGCCUGCUUUUGCAGUACAUGAUGAUUUUUACCGGACAUCGUGUCCAGACGCCGAGUCCGUGAUUGCAAAAGCUGUGAACGCUGAGCUUGACAAGAACUUGAAGAAGGCAGCGGGUCUCAUUCGCAUGGCCUUUCAUGACUGCUUUGUGGAGGGAUGUGAUGGCUCUGUGCUGCUUGAUGGCGAGGAUACCGAAAAGACUGCAGAGAUUAAUUUGACUCUGCUGGGGUUCGAUGUGAUUGAUGCGGCCAAGGCUGCUGUGGAGGCUGUGUGUCCUGGAGUAGUGUCUUGCGCUGAUAUUAUCGCUUACGCAGCACGUGACAGCACUGUGAAGGUAGUUACAUGGCAAAAGAAUUUUCAGUUUCUUCAAUGUCAAGCAGGCUUGUAC